CGGGAGGGGAGAGGGAUGAUCCAACCUCAUGUAAUGAUGCAGGUGGGCUUCUCUUGUUCCCCUCAUUUUAGGAGUUUUUUUUUAUAUCACUCAGUCAGUCAGUAUACAGCUACAGAUCAAUAACUUUAUGGGCCAUAUGCUGCUAUUGCUAUUCAUAAUAUAAUUGUGGAAGAGGAGCAAGCAAAAAUGUAUUAGUUACACCUUGUUGAGGAACAGCAGAGGUAGUGAAUUAAUGUGAUGGCAUUAGCGAAGAUGGAUCCCGAGUGCACGCUCUCUCAAGCACAUCCGGAGAGCAUGGAUUUUCUAUCCAGUGCCUGGUGUAACUUUGCACUUCAUGCUUUCCAAGAUGACACACAUCAACACUCCUCCAUUGUAGUUCAGGACAACAAAUCAAUCAAGAACACACCACCACCCUCUACUCAAAAACAAAACAAUUUUUUACACAGCAUAGACAUGAAUUUGCAGAAGAUGGAUAAGAGUGCAAACAUGGACGAUGGAAAUAAGUAUGUCCCUCCAUGGAAAGCAAACGAUUUAAAGUCAUGGAUAUGGAUGCAACAAGCAAUGCACCCAGAAGUAAAUUACAGUAGCUACUUCAGGAAAAAAUGGAUCCCAUGGAAGCUUGCACCAUUUAAGCAUGUAUCAAUAAAGAAAUGGCUGAAAGAAAUAAAACAGAAAAGAAAAGAGGAUGAAAGGAUAGAGAAGGCACAAGUACAUGCAGCAAUAUCUGUUGCAGGUGUUGCAGCUGCCCUAGCAGCCAUAGCAGCCGAAAAUUCACAGCAUAGUGGCAAGAACACCACCACCAAAGACUCUGCCGUCGCUUCUGCCGCUGCCUUAGUGGCUGCACAAUGUGCUAAGGUGGCCGAGGCAAUGGGAGCCAAAAGAGAACAGCUCAGCACUAUAAUAGGCUCGGCCAUCACUGGGACUAGCGCUAGUGAGAUCGUAACACUAACAGCCUCUGCUGCAACUUCAAUAAGAGGAGCCGAUACUCUGAAAGCCAGAUCAGGAUACAAAACCAGAUUAAACGGGAGUUCUCCGGUGCUGCCGCUAGAGGAUAAUAACGAGCCUGAACCUGAUUUCGACUUUGAUAACUGCAGAUCGAUUCUGGAGAAAGGUGCAGAGCUCAAUAUUGAGACAGCCGAUGGAAGGAACUUACUGAUGAAAGUGACAGUCACCCUUACCAGUGAAGGGAAGGUUGUUCUAAAGCUGAAGAAAAUCAACUUGAUGAAUCCUUUCACCAGACAAAAGGAAUAUACUGUCCUCGACAUGCAUGCCGAGCUAUACAAAGAAGACUCAGAAGCAGCUGGAGAAACUGAGAUCGAAACCGGUUACUACAUUGUACUUACAACAAACAAGGGCGUGAUUAAACUGGACAUGAUGUGUGACUACAAGCGCUACAGGAUGUGGUCAAUUACUAUAAACCACAUGCUUAUGCUCUCUACCACAUUUACAAAGUAUGAUCUACAAUUCUAUAAAAUUUGAACCAACCCACCCGCCCAAGAUAUCAUACUAUUGUAUUGUGUCUGAUACUUAAAAGUCCUAUUUCUUCCCAUGUAUGCGGGUGAUUUGUAUCAUAUGAUUGAACUUGAAUAACAUUAUUUACUAUGGAUACAAUCUAUUGUUAUUAUAGUUUAUGUGCUGGUUUUAUUUG